UGACUCCCGCCAUCGCGUUCGUCGAUGCCAAAGCCCACGAAAUCUUCCGCGUCGUCAGGAACGAGGAAGAAGAAUGCGCGAAAGGCUGCGGGCAAAGGAGGAGCAGCUCAGCCGCCGCCAGCACCGCCGAGCAAGCAAGGUCCGAAGCUGACGAAGAAGGAGCGCAAGGAGCUGAAGACCCAGCCGCGCCAGAAGCAGUACAUCCCCCCAACAAAGCCUCAGCCUGCUCAGCGCGAUCCCCUAGAGACGAGUGGACUGCUCGGUACCCUCCCUCCCCAUCUUGUCGUCGUACUCCGCAACCUGAAUAAGAAGGCAUGGCCGACGAAGAUCAAGGCGCUGGAAGACCUGCGCACGAACUGGGUCGACAAGUGCGGUGAAGAUGAAGAAGCACACGCAGCCAUCCUUGCUUCUAUACCAGUCUGGACACACCACUUCCCCGGUCUCCUGCUGCACUCGUCGCGUCGAAUACGCAUGCUUGCGGUCUCGCUACACGCCGCGCUUCUGCAACCCCAGGAAAUCCGCGAACAAGUAAUCAUGCACAUCAACGAGGUCGCUACGGCCGACCAGCGCGAGCGCAUAGUAGGCGCUUGGUGCAUGGCCGCGCACGACGUCGAUCGCUCAGUCGCGAUCGCAGGCUCGAGAACCUGGGCAGCGUACACGAAGGCCCUGGCCGAGGGGGGAGAGUGGGACAACAAUGCAGUGGCCGUGGACGUCUCGAAUACUCUUCCUCUACCAAGACGCGCGAUAUUCGAUCCGGACGGCGCGUUCAGCGCUGAACAAGCGUUGACCACAAGUGAUCCGUCUGAGUCAGAAGCAGUCGAAGACAUGCGUGCAAGGUUGCGUGUCGGAGCUUUGGGGUGCCUUCGCUGGAUCAUCGAGCACUUGCCAUCUGAGAACGAGGAGCUGUCCGAGCUCCUGCAUGCGAACCAGUUAUGGUCGUGCCUUUCCACCGAUCCGGACGCUUUUGGCCAGGAUCAACCUGCAGUACGAAGAGCGGGAUGGACGCUGCUACAAGCGACGUUGAAAGCACGCAAGGGUCUUUUCAAAUCAGAACCAGAUGUCCUUCGCCUCAUCCUUCGCAGUAGUUUGACCGAAGUGGAUAACAACGUUCAAAACGUGCUAUGGGGACCUCUCAUAUCCUUCUUGCAGGAAUAUCCGCAAACAUGGGAGCCAACAAUACCAGGCCACGAAUCCGAUCAAGACGAAGGAGAAGAGGAAGAGGGCAAAGCGCCAGAGCCUAGCACUGACGACCCCCCGUUCCAACUACUUCUGACCUUCCUCGGCCUGGCAUGCGGUGGUUCACCCGUCCAGGGCUAUCCCACAGUGAUGCUCAUGCUCUCUACCAUACCCUCAACAGUUCUGUUUUUCGAUAAGGCACUGUCGCCGCUAUUCGACCUCUUUACGGCCUUCUGGUCCGCGCUGCCCUCACUCUCGAGCAAAGGUCUGGCGCAGCAGCGAUUGCUUGCGCAACAGAACUUGCUGUCGUCCGUUGUAGAAUGUCUGGUAUUCUGCAUACGACGAUGGUCCUCCCUCGAAGAUAAAGCAGACACCGAGGCGCAAGCGCGGAAGCUCGAAGACCUCAUCCGAGAACAAUUUGCACGCGCAUGGGAGGAGCAGACGAGCGGCAGUCUUGCGGUCAAGGAGUCGAUGUUCGCCGAGAUUAUCAUUAAGGCGGGCUUAUCUGCGCUUCAAGGGCAAUUCUUCGAUGUCGCAUUCGCGCUGAUCAGCGAGCGUAUCAUGCAAGCACUCGCUUCUCACACGAAACUCGCCGUCGCGACUAUGAAAGCGCUUCUCGAUCAUCUCACAGACGGCACACGGGCAACCCGCGCUCACGACCUUGCUACCUCGAUCAUUGGCACGCUCGUGGACGACGCUGAGGGGGCUUUCGCUGCGCCAUCUGACCCCAAAGCCGUUUCUAACAGCGUCGCGGCGAUCACUGUGACGCUCGACGUGUUCGGACCGGUACUUUUCACUCUCAAUGACGGCGCCAUCGGCCAGCGCGUCGACGCGCUCAUAUUUUCGCACCUCACGUCCCUUCUGCGCGACGCAUUCCACCUUCUGGUUGCGUACAUGAAGCUGCGCGGCGCGCAGGCGGCGUGGCCGUUGCUGCUCGAGGCGGUGGCGCCGAUGCCGACGAAGCGGGACCUGCGCGAGCUGAUUAGGAUAGCGGAGCAGAGCGUUGUGGCAGCAGUCGAGAACGUGCCCAUCGGCGAUUGGUUCAAUGAGACGGCAGAUGAGCUUCUUGAGAGCGCGACGGCGGACAGGGAGAAUGGCGAAAUUCUGAGCCGUAUCCUGGGAUUACAUGAGUGCUUCCUAUCGCCUACGAAGUUCUCUUCUGUCGUCAGAGAAAUCGCGCGCAAGCUCGCAGUAUCCGUCGACAACCUCCUGCAGACAAUAUCCCAGCCCGACCUCGAAGAACUUCGGCUCUCCACGGAACUGUUGCUCCCGAUCAGCAUUGACAUUCGCCAUGCGCUUCCCGUUGAGGAUUUGCAGCUACUGAACAGAAAUCUGUGGCUCGCGGCCCAUCUGAUACCUCGGGGCCCGGGAAGCGAGCAAGAGACGGCGACAUUCGUACGUGCGAAGGAUCUGUACAAGAGCUUGUCAAGGGAGUCCAAGAGUGAAGUGCACAGUGCUAUCACGGAACGUUUGGCCGAGCUGUUGGAGAAUGUGCUGGUUUGGGUUCGACCUGUUGAUAUCUUCACCGUCUUCAUUGAUCUGCCAAACGCGCAACGCGACGACGAGCUCGCGGAUGUCCUGGCCGUGUUCCCUCCAUCUGAUACACUCGACAGGCGUCUGGAUGCCUUGCCACCCCAGCCCAUCGAUCCCAGUCUCGCGGUGCUGGUGGACACAUUACCGCCCCCGUCAACAUACGAGGAUGCACGGCCGAUAACUGCGCUAUAUGACGCACAUGGCUAUAGCUCAUAUGCUCGGAUCGUCGCUUUGCUUCCCGAACUGCCGUCUCCGACACUUCGCGCCCUUGCGCGCCAACAGCCAUGGGUUUUGCGGCACCUGAUCGCAUGGUCUAUUGAGGCGCGCGACUUCAUGGGGGUACCCACUCGGGCGAGCUCCCUGUUCGACGAGCGUGCGUUGGAUGGCGGUGGUCUGGUUCCUGCUGCAGAGAAGGUCGAGGGCAUUGUCGCCUACGCUCUCAUCACCGAGAUGGACGACGAUGUGGCUUGGCGGGUGCAGUCCGCGCGCGCCCUCGCUGAUGGCCGGGUGCCGCAGAACCUCACGCCCAUCAAAGCCUUCGUCGUCGACGCCCUCCGCCGUGCCCUCGCGGACGACACAAUCCGCCAGGCUCGCAUCGUCACCGCUCUCCUGGACCAUGUCUUCGAAGAGGUUCCGAAAGAAGAAGCUGAUGGGUGGGUCGCGCUCGUUCGCACAUCGCAGAAGACAGCCCCGGAGACAUCGUUGGCGAUCCUGGCCGCCAUCGCCCGCACCGCGCCGGACGCGCCAAGGCUAGAUCGCUACCGCAACGAAGUUGCGGCGAACCUGCAGGGCACCUCAGCCGCGCGUGCCCUUCCUAUGGUCCGCCAGCUCGUCGCAAUGGCUCCCAACGCCGACAGCGGCGUGCCCAUCCUGCCCGGCCCACGCGCGGUCAAUGUCAUGAAGGCCUGCCAAGCGUGGAUCGCAGGUGACGACGACGAAGAAGAGGACGAGGAUGACGAGGGAGCGGCGGAGGACCUCGAAGCACUGCUUCCGCUGCUCUUCACGCAUCUGGCGCCUGUGUUGCAGACCGUGCCUGGCGCGCACUGGGGGCUCAUAUUUGAUGUGAUGGAAAACAAUAUGGAGACGCUGUCGUUGGAGGACGAUGCGGCGCUGCCGGCGCUGGCGAGGACCUUACGGUUGAUCAUUGCCGUGCGCGAUCUGGCGACGACGACGAAGUCAUUGAGGGCGGACUGGCAGGAGCGCGAGAAGGGAAUUCUGGCGCUCGUGAGGGAUAUGGCGAGCAAGCGAGUUGACUCGACCAAGAUCUCCGCACCGCGCUCUGCAUGUCGCGAGCUCCUGCUCACCGUCGUGCAGGACCUGCCGCCGUCCUUGAUUAAGCCAGAUACGCUGUCAAAGAUGUGUCACCUGGUCACCGAUACAGCGGAGUCGGUGCAGCGUAUGGCGUACCAGGUCCUGCAGGGCGCGGCGGCGAAGCGAACGGAGCACCUGGUCAUCGAGUCCGCGGUGGACACGGAGGAUGAGUUCAAGGCGGAGCUGCCGUCAGAGCUGUUGGAAUUGCUGUCGAGACUGGUUGAUCCUGAGGAUGUUGAGCAGGACGAGCAGAGCGUCUCCGGCCACCUUCUUGCUUGGAUGCUUGCGUUCGAUCUGUUCGAGGGCGCGUCCAUGAAAGUUCGCAUGGGUUAUAUUGACCAGCUUCGCUCGCUCAGCGUUGUGGACACGUAUUUGAUGCCCAACAUCAUCCACAUGCUGCGUCUCGACCAAGGAUUGCCGAGAGCGUUCAAGCUGGACCAGUGGGCUAUCGAUGAAUUCUACGUGUCCUUAUACGAGUCAGGCACCACUUUCGCCCUCCCAGCCUUCGCUGCACACAUUUACUUCCGCGCCCUCUCCACCAUCCCCUCGCUCAUCGCCUCCUGGAUCCAAGACUGCAAAGACCGCUCACUCUCCGCGACCGUUGGCACGCUCACCGCUACGCACUUCUCGCCUGUCAUCAUCGCGCGCGAGCUCGCGCACGUGCGCACCGCGGACGCCGCCGCUGACCUCGCGGACGAGAACUUUGUGGUGAAGGUUGCCCCCGCUGUGCACGAGGUUACGGCGGCGUACACCGUCGACGAGCACCAGCUUGAGAUGAAGAUGAAGAUCCCGGCGGAUUGGCCAUUGCAUAAGAUCGAGAUGAGGGAUGUGAAGACGGUGGGGGUGGAUGAUAGAAGAUGGAAGUCGUGGAUGUUGGCGGUGCAGCAGGUGCUGUGGUUCCAGAGUGGCCAUAUAUUGGAUGGCCUUGCGCUGUUCAAGAAGAACGUUACGUUGCACUUUGAGGGCCAGGUCGAGUGCGCAAUCUGCUAUUCCAUCAUCAGCGUCAUGGACGGAUCGCUGCCCAAGAAGCCGUGCAAGACAUGCAAGAAUCGUUUCCAUGCCGGAUGCUUGUACAAGUGGUUCAAUACGAGCCACUCCUCAAGCUGUCCUCUGUGCAGGUCCAAUAUAUUCUGAAUGGUCCGAAUGUACACUAUACAACAUGAGCACUGUAUCAUAGGCCUUGUACACCGGAGUAGCGGUUGUAGCUUUUCGAAAAACAACUGUAGACCCAAGGAUCACGGUCACCUGAUUCAGACAAUGACACAAGCGAAGUCAUUGAGCC